AUGGAGCUGCCACGGGUGCUGCUGGCGCUGGCUGGGACGGGAGCAGCCGCGGGCCUGGCCCUGCUGCCCUACGUGCCCCGCGUGCCCCCCGCAGCGCUGCCGGGGAAGCUCACCGCAACCACCUUCGCGCUGGAGAGGCCCUGCUGCGUCUUCGACCGGCACGCCAACGCCUCCGACGCCGUCUGGCUGGUGGUGGCUUUCGCCAACGCCUCGGACGCCUUCAGAAACCCUCCAUCCCGGGCUGACGUGCCCCUGUACGAGCGGCUGCCCGCCGCCCGCUCCUAUAUGACGCUGGAGACGCCAGCGGCCGCGUACGCCUGCUCAGCACCGAGCCCAGCCAUCCUGAGGGUUGGGGACGACACGGCAUGUGGGGACCAGGGUGGCUGGGACCCCUGCAACGGGCCCCUGCCCUCCCCGGGGCCCUACAGGGUGAAGUUCCUGGUGAUGGGCUGCCAGGGCCCCAAAGCAGAGACGAGGUGGUCCGACCCCAUCCUCCUGCGGAGAGCCGGCAGCCCCAGCACCAUCGACCUCGCGCCCGCGCGCCGCGACAGCGACGCGGUCGUCAUCGCCUCCAUCCUCGCCAGCCUGGGCACCGUGCUGGCCGUGGCAGUGCUCGGCGCCGUGGGCACCGAGGCGUGGAGGUCCCUGUGUCGCCGGGAUUCGGGAACCAGCACCUUCUCCCACAGGUCCUACAGGACCCACCACAUCCCCCCGGCCCUGCCCCAACCCCUGCCCCCCGGCUGCAGGCUCCCGAUAUCGGCCACGAAGCGCUGGACCUGCGGCGGAUAG